AUGAAGUUCUCGCAUAGCGUUCAGUUCAACGCUGUGCCCGACUGGAGCUCUAACUACAUCGCAUACAGCAAUCUUAAGAAACUGAUCUACACCCUUGAAAAACAAGUCAAUCGUACCGAGGGCCAGUCCACCACCGAUGUUGAGUCUGCGCCGCUGCUGGGUGCUCAAACGAGCAACCCAGAUGCGGUUUUUAAGCGCGCUCUCGAUGCCGAGAUGGACAAGAUCUGUACCUUCUACCAGAAGAAAGAGGCGGAGAUUUUCGAACUCGCCGACGAGCUUAUCAAGGACGCCCACGUGUAUCUUUCCGAGACAGACGGCGUCAACAUGGACCCGGUGAGCGAAACCAUCAUCAAGGCAGGCGUCCGUCGCAAUGUCAAACCUCCAGGCCAGCACCGGAGAUCCAGCGCCAUCAGCAAUGAUUCGAUGGCCGACGACGAGGACGGGGAUAGCGACGAUGAUCGGUCGGCCUCAGCCCUUCCCCAGCGCCGGCGAAUGAUGCAGUGGACAGACGGCGAGUCUGGCACGGAUGACCCGAACGGUGACUUGGCGGACUCUUCCUUCUUUGGACGGCCGGUGGGUCCUGAGCCACAUGGAUCGUACCUCAACGACGAGGACUUCCUCGCCCUCUACAAUACCGGUAUCUCACUGAAGAAGCGUCUGAUUGAAGGCUACGUCUCGCUCUGCGAGCUUCGGUCCUUUAUAGAGCUGAACAAGACCGGUUUCGCCAAGGCGCUGAAGAAAUACGACAAGACCCUGAACCGUACCUUACGCCGAGACUACCUGGCCUCCGUUGUUCACUCCGCAAGACCGUUCACUGAGAGCACCAUGGCUGCCGUCGAUAGACAUAUCGAGGACUUCGAGGGUGUGUACGCGGAUAUCGUGACCAAGGGUAACAGGCAGCUCGCAAGGCGCGAGUUGCGUCUACAUCUGCGUGAGCAUGUUGUCUGGGAGCGAAACACCGUCUGGCGUGAGAUGAUCGAGAUUGAACGCCGUGCGCAGGCUGCGAACGUUGGUAUUCGCCGGACGCUCUUGGGUGGUGACGAGGACCCGGCUACUGCUCGGCGUCAGGGUGACAAGAAUGAGAUUCGUACCCAGGAAAUCUCGACGCCUCUUGGUCGGUUCCAAUUCCCACUGUGGUUUUGCAGCUUGAGCUUUGGCACGCUGGUCUUUAGUGUCGCUGUCUUUGGCACUUUGCUUUCCAUGCAAACUAUGAGUACGCCCGAGCAGCAGAACUGUUUGGCUAUGUUGGUGCUUGUUAGUAUACUGUGGGCCACUGAGGCGAUCCCGCUGUUUGUGACCUCACUGCUUAUUCCAUUUCUUGUCGUCACAUUGGGAAUCAUGCGGUCCGAUGAGAAGCCACACAAGCGACUUGGACCCAAGGAGUCUGUGGGCAUGGUGUUCUCGGCAAUGUGGACUCCUGUGAUCAUGCUCCUUCUUGGUGGUUUCACCAUUGCAGCGGCGCUAUCCAAGUACGAUAUUGCCCGGCGCAUGGCCAUGUUUGUGCUCAGCAAAGCGGGUUCGAAGCCUUCCACUGUCCUGCUGACCAACAUGUUUGUGAGCAUGUUCCUAAGCAUGUGGAUCAGUAACGUUGCAUCCCCCGUGCUCUGCUACUCCAUCAUCCAGCCUUUGCUCCGUAACAUGCCCCCGGAGUCAAACUUUGCUAAGGCCCUUGUCCUGGGUAUCGCGCUGGCCGCCAAUGUUGGUGGUGCGGCGUCUCCUAUCGCCUCACCUCAGAACAUCAUUGCCCUGCAAAACAUGUUCCCAAACAUCAGCUGGGGUACAUGGUUCUUCAUCUCGCUGCCCGUCUGUAUCAUCUCCAUCCUUCUUAUCUGGCUUUUGCUACUGGCGACAUUCCGUCCUGGGCGCAAUGCAACUGUCAUCCCGAUCCGUCCUGUGAAGGACCGAUUCACUGGCAUGCAGUAUUUCAUCAGCAUCGUCACUCUCAUCACUAUCGGUCUCUGGUGCGCCAGCCACCAACUCGAGCAUGUCUUCGGCGACAUGGGUGUCAUCGCCAUCAUCCCCCUUGUCCUCUUCUUCGGAACGGGUAUCUUGAACAAAGAAGACUUCAACAACUUUCUAUGGACAAUCAUCAUCCUCGCUGCCGGUGGACUGUGUCUGGGCAAGGCCGUCACCUCAUCAGGCCUGCUGCACACAAUCGCCGCCGACAUCACCGCGCGCGUCGAGCAUCUCAGUCUAUACAGCGUGCUGCUAGUCUUCUGUGCUCUAAUUCUUGUCAUUGCCACCUUCAUCUCGCACACUGUCGCCGCCCUCAUCAUCCUGCCUCUUGUCCGCCAGAUCGGUGUCAACAUGGAAAAUCCCCACCCCAACCUGCUGGUUAUGGCCAGUGCCUUGAUGUGCUCCGUCGCCAUGGCUCUGCCCACAAGUGGAUUCCCUAAUAUGACUGCCAUCAUGACCGAAGUACCCCAGACAGGCCAGCGGUAUCUCCAAGUCCGCCAUUUCCUCACUCGUGGUAUUCCAUCCAGUCUUAUGUCUUUCGUGGUUAUCGUCACGCUUGGCUAUGGGCUGAUGUGGGUCGCGGGAUUAUAG